CUCCCAGAGCCCGACUCCCUCGUCCUCGCCCGCGUGACACGCAUCACCUCACGGCAAGCAGUCUGUUCCAUCCUUCUCGUCCUGCCCGACCCUUCUUCCUCCUCCUCGUCUGGAGUGAUCAGACAACAGGAUGUGAGAUUGACGGAGACGGAUAAGGUCAAGGUGGCCGAGUGCUUUAGAGUUGGGGAUCUGGUUAGAGCAAGGGUGAUAUCACUGGGCGACUCGCGCUCCUACUUUCUCAGUACCGCCUCGAAUGAGCUGGGCGUAGUCUUUGCGACCGCGUCCGUUCCAGGCACACUGCGACCCCUCGAUUGGCAGACAAUGGUGGAUCCCGCGACGGGCAGGAAGGAGAGGAGAAAGGUGGCAAAGCCGACACAGUAG